AUGAACAGUUACACGUACCCCGAGCCUGCUCCAAUGGGGUUCCAAUACCCCCCACAGCACUUGGUGCAUCGAUCGGAUGGCCACCCGCCGAACGGGAUGUCUCACCAUGUCAUGCACCCCCAGCAACAGCCUCAGCAACUACAGGGACACUCUAAUGGUGAUUUACACCAUCGAAAUCACCCGAACGAUCAUGGACGCGGUCACUUUAAUCAGGAGGCACACCUCGGAGGCGCGCCGAAUUUUCCUCACCAACCCCAGCCAGGACAAAUGCCACUUCAUCCUCAGUUCAUGGCAGCUAUGGGAGGUGCCAUGAAUAUGAAUAUGGGCGCUUUUCAGCCGUUUAUGCAGUAUUUUCAGCAUCCAGACCCGAGGCCAACAACACCGUUGGGCUCUCUAGACGAUCGGGAUAUUUUGGUGGACGCGCUGCACCGGAGUAGGAGGGAGGGGCGUACGUACAGGCAGGCGAUUGAGGAAUUGAAUGGGAGGAACAAGCAUCCGUCCCAAGCAUGGAAAGAUUACUAUCUCGAUCAUCAUGACACUAUUGACGGACUUGUUGCCAAGAAGUCCAAUGCUCCUGUGCCUCCGGUCAGAGGCGCUAGAAAGCCUACGUUCAGUGACCUCGAAUCAGACAGCCCUGAGAAACCAGUCUCCCAAUCCAUUCGCCCAAAGGUCAAGCCAAAACCACGACAUUCUGUGCCUAGCCGACCAGUCGUGAAGAAUGAGCCCGUAGAAAUGACGAAACUUCCACCUGCACCACGCCGACGGCAGACAAUAAAUAGUUUGACUGCUCCGACGGCCGUGUAUACCAGCAAACUCCCAGCACCAGUUACUGAUAUCAGAAUACCUGAGCCACCCUCCAGUGAGCCUACACCACCUACGAAUGUCAUACAGACCUCGCGGGGAAAUAAGUACACUCCUGAAGAUCGAGAAUACUUCAUCCAAUUCAUUUCUUGGAGGCUCAAGGAACAGCCUGAGCUAAGUAAAAUGCAAUUGUGUGAGGAAUUAGCCGAGAAAGCCCUUGCUUUUGACCAGGUUCCACAUCAUACUGCUGCAUCAUGGGGUUCACACUGGGCGUUACGCCAUGAGCUAGCCGAUAAAAUCCUUGCACAUGCAAAGAGUAUACUUGACGCAGAAGAAGACGAGAAGGCAACUCGUGGUCAGAAUGACGGCAAAGGGGCAGGGAAAGCUCAGACGGCAUCGUCGUCUGCGCCAGUCCGUCGGCCCCACUAUAAAGACUCUAGCUCUGAUUCGGAAGACUCCAGCGAAAGUGAAGCUGAGCUGACAGACGCAGACGCGCAUGGAAGCGACGAUGAGGAUACACCACCGGUCAAAAAGGAAGUCAGCACACGCGCUCGGCCGAUCACUUUUGGAGACGAGGACCUGAAGCUGAUGGCUCGCCAUAUUGCUGACACUCGAGAUUGGGACGGCCGCACUAAUGCGGACCGUUGGAAACUGUUCACCGACAAGCACACCUAUAGAUCCCAUAGGGCAUGGAUGGAACAAUACCGCCGCCGCAAGACUGAACUUGACCGAAUGGCAGCUAAAAUAAAGCGAAAGCGUGCUGCAGAAGCGGGGCAAACGAAAGUUAUAAAGGAGGAACAUCAUUCUGAUACACUUCAGACACCAAGUCCUUGUCCCCCAUCCAAGUCUAGUGAUACCUAUGGGCCCCCAGCGAAGCGCAAGUUCCCUAGUGGAGUUGAUUCCAGCGGACGUUCUGAGCUUAAAGCACCUCAGGGUAGCAACCAUCUCUCCUUUUACCAACAUCUCAACGACCGCGACACGACCAUGGAUGAAGAAUACGACGUCAUCGUGCUUGGUACUGGCCUCACAGAAUGUAUCCUGUCUGGCUUGUUGUCUGUUGAAGGCAAGAAGGUCCUGCACAUGGACAGAAACGACUACUACGGCGGUGACAGUGCCAGUCUGAACCUGACACAGCUUUAUCGCAAGUUUCGCCCAAAUCAGGCUCCACCCUCCGAGCUUGGUCGCGAUCGCGACUAUGCCGUUGAUCUCAUCCCGAAGUUCAUCAUCGCGUCCGGCGAGAUGACCAAGAUCCUGGUGCACACUGAAGUUACACGCUACCUCGAGUUCAAGCAAAUAGCCGGCAGCUUUGUCUAUCGCGAUGGCAGGAUUUCCAAGGUCCCGAGUACGGAGAUGGAGGCGGUUAAGAGUCCGUUGAUGGGCCUCUUUGAGAAGCGUCGCGCGAAGAAGUUCUUCGAGUUCUUGCAGACUUGGAGGGACGAUGAUCCAGCGACGCAUCAAGGCCUCAACCUUGACAGGGAUAGCAUGAAGACCGUCUACGAAAAGUUCGGCUUGGAACCCGGUACCCAGGAUUUCAUCGGUCAUGCCAUGGCUCUAUACCUUGAUGAUGAUUACAUCACAAAACCCGCCCGUGAAACAUACAGUCGCAUCGUGCUCUACACGUCAUCUAUGGCUCGCUACGGCAAGUCACCCUACAUCUACCCAUUGUACGGCCUUGGCGAGCUCCCGCAAUCGUUCGCACGUCUCAGUGCCAUCUACGGCGGCACAUACAUGCUUGACAAGCCCAUCGAUGAGGUUAUCACUGAUGCUGAUGGCAAAUUUGUUGGCGUAAAGAGUGGUGGGGAGACUGUUAAGGCUAAACAAGUGAUAGGCGACCCUAGCUACUUUGGCGCUGGCAAGGAGGCUGAGGGAGGUAAGGUUAGGGUUAUCGAAGAGGGCAAGGUUGUUCGUGCGAUCUGCAUCUUGAAGCACCCCAUCCCCGGUACGGACGACAGCGACUCCUGCCAGAUUAUCAUCCCGCAGAACCAGGUCAACCGUCGCAAUGAUAUCUACAUCGCGAUGGUCUCAUCGACCCACAACGUCUGUGCCAAGGAUGUUUACGUUGCCAUUGUAUCCACCAUUGUUGAGACUGACAAGCCAGAGCUUGAGAUAGCUCCUGGGCUUAACCUCCUCGGCCCCAUAUACGACAAAUUCGUUUCUGUCACCCCUAUCUACGUACCCACUGCUCCCGGAACAGCCGACAACAUCUUCAUCACCAAGUCAUAUGACGCCACUUCUCACUUUGAGACCGUCGUCGAAGAUGUCCACGAUGUAUGGAAACGCGUUGUCGGAUCGGACCUCGUUCUCAAGAAGAGGGACACUGAGGCCGAAGUGCAAGGAUAA